AUGAACUGGAGAUGUUCAAAGCAUCAAUCACUCAAGUGUCCGGUAACAUUAGUGACAGCUGAAAAUGAAAUCAUCAAGCAGUUAUCUGCUCACAAUCAUGAGUGCAACAAAGAGAAGGCGAUGGCAAAGAAUGCAGUGGGGAAAAUGAAGGAGAAGAUGACUGAAUCAACAACAACGGCGGGGGCUUGUCAAGCUGCAGUAAGUGUCAACUUACCUCCAUCUGUUCUCAUGGCUCUACCUGGUAAAAAUACUAUAAACAGGACUCUUAACCGACAUCGUGAGAGACUCAGAAACAAAGAUGCUGGCGGAGCUUUGCCACCUCUUCCUGCUGAUGCAAUUGUAAUCACAUUAAUAACAGUACACAGUGUAACGCGUGUAGCUACAUCCUGUUACAGUCUUGGCUACAAAAUCAAGAACUUUCAGACUUUGUGUGACAAGCUGUUGACACAAGUUCCUCGUCUCCACUUUUGGGCGGCAAGUUGUCUCCAUGGAUACACACCCGCCGGCUGGCAAGUGGAAUAUUUAACCAGACCCCUCCGCUCUCCACCGGUUGUCGUCAGGGAAGUCGAGCAGGACGCGAAGAUCACCAGACACCGUGAUGUCCUGCCGUACAGUGAGCGAGGUGUGUCCGACCACACAGACGGCCCGCCAGUCACACGACUGUGUCAUGGAGGUCAGGGUCACUCAGGUCGUAGGCCAGGUAGCUGUGUGGCCAGCUUCCUACACAGUCUCCGUGUUGGUGUUACAGAGAGCAGCACAACAACAUCUACAACAUUGACUUCUACCAGCAGUGGCACAACACCCUGUCUACAGUGGAGAGACGUGCUGGUGUUGUACUGGUAUGACGUUAGUGAUCAGCCGGGUGUGGUGACAGGACUGCAAGAAGCGGGUAUCCCAGUGCGGGUGAUGACGGAUGAUGACAUCGAGGACGUGGCCACGGCCCGCAGUGACGUGGUGUGGGUGGUGGGUGGACGUCGUGUUCGUGGUCUGGAGAGAAAAAUCGUCGUGUGUGUGGACCUUGAUUAUGGUUUUAGAUCUAAGUUGAAUUCCACUGUCCGACUUGACCUCAUGUCCCGCUGUACGUCACAACUUGUGAUCGUCUCCCAUAACGACUAUCUGCCUGAAUUGGACUGACACUGACACUGACACUGACACACCUGUCACCUGCUGUAGUCGUGUGUCAGUCUCUUACAUCAACAAUUGUCUUUUAGUGUUUGUCCUCUUCUACUCUCAGUCUAUAAGCAAGUCAUCACAUUAUGAUGUCAUAGAUAUGACGUCAUUAGACAUUUAUACAUCACGUGGUCAGUGUCUCUGCUUACACAACAACAAGUGUCAACAAAUUUGUCGGUUACAAAGGCAUGUGUGUGUUAAUGUGUCAUCAUAUCGGUGCGUGUGUCAGUCUACCCAUGUGACAUUUGUGUCAAUGUGUCAGUCUACCAGUGUGAUAUCUGUGUCAAUGUGUCUAUAUGUUGUACACGUGCUGUCAAAGCGCAUCAGCAGACUGUCAUGUCAGUGCCGUGCACUAAAGUGUUUAGAACAGGGAUGCCCAACCUCAGGCCCACGGGGUAUAUCCGCCCUGCGACGUGGUGCCAUCCGGCCCGCCAAACUUCUGCCCACAGCGCAGGAAAUCGGCAUGUUAGUAAUAAAAAAAGACCUAAAAAAAACGAAAAAAAAGGGGAAGAAGAAGUACUGUAUUUAUCCCUAAGGAGGGGCGUUCCUCAAUCUUUUUUUCGAUGGACGAACAUUUCGAUUCAGUGCUCUGACUUGGUGUCUCUACGUUGCAACCGGACAUUCAGAAAUUGGUUUCGGGUAAACAACUUUAAAUAUCCCACUAAUUACUACAUAAUUAAUGGUAAGUACAACUUGUUUCUAAUAAAAAUGGUAUCUACUCUAUUUUUUUUUCUUUUUUGUAUUUUUGCGGUGAAGCAUCACUGGUUUAGUCUGAUAAUGUUUACUGCCAGUGGUAAACAAAGGGGACAGAACUCUCAGACUAAACACAGACACGAGUGGUCCAUCAAAACACUUCACUGAGUUAAGAGAUUCAUUGAUGUAAACACAACAAACACUAGCGGCUCACUUAUACAACACAUGUUACAAGUUUAACUGUUUGACACAAACACAUUCACACGAUGUACACAUGUUGUUUCACAUCCUUUAUAAAUGUCGCCACACGUUUCACAAUGAGUGUUUCAAUAAAGAUUGUUGUUGUUGGUUUAAAACAGAUACAAACUGUUGUUAAGUGGUUAAAAUAGUUUUAACAGUGACGUCACCCACAGGCACCACGUGCGCACUGUUACAACAGUCAAACAGCAGGCUGACAAUAUAAACAUACACCACACAGCAAAUAAACAAUAAAUACCAAUGACAGGAUACAAUACCUACACCACGAUCACAUGACACUGUUACAGUUUGCCAACAUCUU